AAAGCAUGUUUAAGAGGUGUUAAAUUUUCAAUUUUGUUUAAAGAAGUGUUAAAUGGAAUUAACAAUAUAUUCCUGAAAUGAUCAUUUUCUUGCUAAUAUUGCAGAUCAUUGCAGUUAAUAUAUACUCAGAUGCGGUAUGUACAUGGCCAGAUGACUUUGCUGACAGUACAUGGAUGGACAGUUUGAAAGGAGACAUGGUAUUUUCAUCUACAACCAUGUCCGGGUGGGCUUUUGAUGUUAAAGUUCAAUCGACAGCAACAGUCCAAACAUUGAAUAGUUGGGAAUGUGUUAUUUACGACGAGAGUGGACCUUAUCUUAUAAUGAAGACAACAGAAACGUUCAUCCAAUUUAUCACAGAACAUUACACAGGAUACCGAUGUAUCAUACCUGAAAAAAUCACCGAUUAUUCUUACAGAUACUAUCAAGCAGAACCCAUCCAGGCACAGUUGGGUAAUGAAAGUGUUUUUAUCAGCACAAGUGAAACAUUAACGGACCCGUCUAUACUCUGUCAAGCUCCAUCUACAGGUGCCGAAUUCCAAGUAAUGAUCAAAAAAGGCAAUGAGACUUCAGCAAAAAUUGCUUGUCCCUACAACCUGCUUGCAGACUACACAUUUACAUACUCUUCUUCUGAUGGAACAGUCGCAUGUGACGCAGUUAGCGAUGUAGGAACUGUAAACAUGUGCACAAACAUCACUGAGAUUUCCGUCCAGGCUCCAGCGUGCUCACCGUAUCCGUUGUAUUCAAAUGGAAAUUCCUCCUGGUGUGUAGAUGUAGUCACAGUUGGAUCAGACACAUUUGUAAGCCUCUACAAUGGCCAACAAGACAGCGCUAACCCGGAUACCUAUCAAUUUGUUUGUGUGGGUAUAAAUUCUAAAGGUACUUCUCUGUCUGUAACAUCACAGCAUUGUAAAGCUGAUCAGUCACCGACGGAACUUCCGGUUAACAAUUCUGGUAGUAAUGUCGGGGCUGUUUGGAGUCUGAGUAUAUCUGCAGGUAUAAUAAAAUAUCUUUAGAUAUUAAUUUCUUGUCUUUUGUAGAAAUAUGAUAUGUAUUGACGUUAAAUUUUUUUUUCGUUCUUUGAAAUUACGCAUAAGUAUUAAUGGCAGAUAAUAUGUUUCGAAAAACAAUCGUAUAUAACACGGGAUAUAUCUUGUUUAAUAAGAAGCAGUAAGCGUUUUUUAAAUGUAACUAAUUUUUUAUUUUUUUCUUAUUUUUCAGAUCCGUGCCGUAAGUUUAUUAUUUUAACA